UCCCUGUGGUUAUCUGCAAUAAUACUUUGCUAUUGUGUCAAACAAUCGGUUUCAACAUCUUCAUACAAAAUCACUUCGAAAAAAAAAAAUAAUCAAGAUCCACCUGCCACACUCAACGUAAGUGAUAUUUUUUUUUUCUAUCAACCUUUCUAAUCUCUUCUAGAUCGUACUCUUCCAUCUACUGUUGAUAUCUUUGACACUAAUACCUUUCCAAGUCAUUGAAUUCACACCCUGCACUUGCAUUCACACCGACCAGUCCAAAAAUAGAAACUUACAACCAAUAAUAAUUUUCAUUCUUCCCACUUGCGAGAGAAAAUCAGUCAAUUUGCAUAUUUUUAAUACACAUACAACUUAAUGAUGUCAUCAAGCUCUAUACUGGUGACUCCAUAUGACUAUUACGAUGAUGAUCGUGAAGGAAAAUCUAAAAAGGGGAAAUCUGGUUCUCAUUCUAUAUUAGGGUUCGUUGCUCAUCCGAUUAGACAAAUAAUCAUUCUAGUGCUAUUUUUAGUGCUACUACUAGUGUUAGUGGUUCGUCAAUCGGUUGGUAGUGGUUACCUGCCAGAUAUAUCACUGUUUGACAACGUCCAGUUCUUUGAUUUGGCAAACUACAUGGGAAGUGCCGAUGGUUGGCAACGGGAUGAACGAGUUCUUUUCUGUGUCCCUUUAAGAGAUGCAGCUGCUCAUUUACCAAUGUUCUUUGGUCAUAUGAGGAAAUUAACAUAUCCACAUGGAUUAAUAGACUUGGCAUUCUUGGUUAGUGACUCGUCUGAUGAUACCAUGGGGUCUUUAAGAAAGCAUUUGCUUGAGAUUCAAAAUGAUCCUGAUCCAAAUAUGAGAUUUGGUGAGAUUGAAAUUUACGAAAAAGAUUUCGGCCAAGUUAUAGGACAAGGGUUUUCAGAUAGACAUGGAUUUGCUGCCCAAGGUCCCAGAAGAAAGUUGAUGGCACGGGCCAGAAACUGGCUCUGGACCGUGGCCAUAAAACCGUACCACUCUUUUGUAUAUUGGAGAGAUGCCGAUGUGGAAACAGUUCCUCCUACAAUUGUCGAAGAUUUAAUGCAUCAUGAUAAAGAUGUGAUUGUUCCUAAUGUCUGGCGUCCAUUGCCAGAUUGGUUAGGAAAUCAACAACCUUAUGAUUUGAACUCUUGGCAAGAAUCUGAUGGGGGAUUACAAUUGGCAGACACUUUGGACGAAGAUGCUUGUAUUGUCGAAGGAUAUGUUGAAUAUCAAACAUGGAGACCUCACUUGGCAUAUUUAAGAGACCCAUAUGGCGAUCCUGAAGUAGAAAUGGAUUUGGAUGGGAUUGGAGGUGUUAGUAUCUUAACCAAAGCCAGAGUCUUCCGUACCGGGUCUCAUUUCCCAGCUUUUUCAUUUGAAAAACAUGCUGAAACUGAAGCAUUUGGGAAAUUGAGUAAACGAAUGGGUUAUUCCGUGGUUGGUUUACCACAUUAUGUUAUUUGGCAUAUCUAUGAACCAUCUUCCGAUGAUUUGAAACAUAUGGAAUGGAUGGCAUUAGAAGAAGUAAGACAACAAGAAGAGGCCAAGAUUAAGAAGGUUUAUGAUAAAGUCUGGAACAAGGCUUUUGCUGAUGUUCAAGACGAAUGGAGUAAGGAAAGACAGCAAUAUUUGAAAAACACAGAUAUGUCUAAACAAAGAAAGAUCAAAGUCGAUUGGCCAGGGGUUGAUGACUGGAAAAUAGAUCAGUCCCAAAAAAGUGAUAAACAGUUAGCUGAUUUCAACCCCUAAUUAAUUUACAUAGCUUGUAUAAAAAUGCAUAUUUGCAUCUCAUGGAGUUAAGACAUUGUGCAAGGGUGGUAACACC